AUGUACUUCGUUACGUCUCACAUUAUAGCAGCAGAAGUUCUUCCACGUGCUCCUCUUCUUGCAGUUCCUCGAUUUCCUCCACGUGCUCCUCUUCUUGCAGUUCCUCGAUUUCCUCCACGUGCUCCUCUUCUUGCAGUUCCUCGAUUUCCUCCACGUGCUCCUCUUGUUGCAGAUCCUCGAUUUCCUCCACGCGCCGCUCCUGUUGGCGAUCCUCGAUUUCCUCUACGUGUCGCACCUGUUGGCGAUCCUCGAUUUCCUCUACGUGUCGCACCUGUUGCCGAUCCCUGGUUUCUUCCACGCGCCGCUCCUGUUGCCGAUCCUCGAUUUCCUCCACGCGCCGCUCCUGUUGCCGAUCCUCGAUUUCCUCCACGUGUCGCACCUGUUGCCGAUCCCUGGUUUCUUCCACGUGCUCCUUUUGUUCCACGGGUUCGCUCAUCUCCAAAGGAAUUUCCAUGGACACUCCGGAAGUCCAAGAAAAUGUCGACAAUUCAACGGAAACGGUAUUCAUCACAAUCCAGUAGUCUUACAUGCCUUGACCAGUUACAGAAUUCGUCAAAAUUGGAGCACGUGGGAAGUAAUUCUGCUCAAUUCCCGAUAGUGGAGCACGGUCACAACUUCGUCUACAGUACGUCUCUUGAGCUUCGCGUAGGCGCCGAAAUUGCAAUCGACGCAAUCAUCCAGUCCAGAUUUGACACAUACAUCCAUUCUAAUGGAACAGGGAAUCGAGAGGAAAUUCAUUUUUUGAUGUCUAUCCGUGAAGAGUUUGGCAGCAUCGUCAAUUCUUUUUUCCGAAGAACUUGGGACACUGAAGAGAGACGAAUUUAUCCGGCCCUCCCCAAUAAUUUCAUCUCGAUUCGCAUCCAAGUGCUUCAAGCAGGAUUUCAGUGCUUCAUCAACAACAGUUGGUUCAAGUUCUUCGAGCACCGACUUCCCCUUUCAAGCAUAGAAGCCAUUACAAUCCGUGGCAGCCACCUCGUUCGUGUACACCUUGACACCGAGGACUACACUGAGGGAGAGGAAAUGGUUGAGGAUGAAGAGCACACUGAAGGAGAGGAAAUGGCUGAGGAUGAAGAGUACACUGAAGGAGAGGAAAUGGCUGAGGACGAGGAUUUUACUGAAGAAGAAUAA